AUGCAGCGUUCGUACGGAUACGGGUGGCGCUCGUCCAGGGUUUUCACCCUUGCAACAGCCUGCGUCGCCUUGUUGACUGAAACCCUGCUCUAUGGCUUUGUGGUCCCUAUCCUGCCUCAUAUGCUCGAGGUCCGCCUAGGUCAAGAUCCAGCACAAACCCAGAACUCGAUGACUGGGCUACUCAGCAUCCAUGGGUUUGUGACUCUUGUUUCGGCGCCUGUGAUUGCUUCUUUCACCGACAAGACAGCAAACAGGAAGAUCCCGCUUCUUCUUUCGCUGGUCAGCUGUCUAACGGGAACCAUCUUGGUUGCGUCCACGGUGAACUUGGGAGCUCUAUAUGCAGGCCGAGUCCUCCAGGCAAUAGCAGGGUCAGCAGCUUGGAUCGUCUGUCUAGCAAUAUUGACCGAAAAUGCUGGCGAGGGGAACAUAGGAAAGAUGAUGGGACUAAGUAUGUCGUUUGUGAUGGUGGGAACAGUCGGCGGGCCAAUGAUUGCAGGAGCAGUACUGGAACUGCAGGGAUACUGGGCUGCCUGGUCUAUACCGCUGGUGGUGCUUUUCUUCAACAUCAUCGCGCGGCUGAUUAUGAUCGAUCCCGAGCAUAAAGACUCGUCAGAGAGGUUCACUCAAAACGAAGAAUCUCCCAAUAACGCUACUCGCACAGAGACAUCACCCCUCCUACAAUCCGCGACAACCCCAAAAGCUUGCCACACUCAAGCAACAUCCUCAUCUCACUUCUAUAAAGUAAUGCUCCGUGACAGUCGUAUUUGGGCCAGUCUCGCAAGCUCAAUUACAUACCCUAUACUCCUCUCAGGAUUUAACGCGACUUUACCAAUCCACCUUCGCGAAGUGUUCAACUGGGGCUCACUCCCACUGGGAAUGGUCCUCUUCCUCCUUCAACUCCCAACAAUCUUCCUUGGGCCACUUUCAGGCUGGCUGCGCGACCACGUCGGACUACGAUAUCCAACCACGAUUGGCUGGGCUCUCUUGGCUCCGUUCGUGUGCCUAUUAGGCUUCCCUGGAGAUACCCAUUUCCCAUGGGCUAGUGCUUCGAACAACGGGAAACCGAUAUUCAUCUCGUGUAUGGCUGCUAUUGGCAUUGUGUUACCUUUGGUUCAGGGCGCUGGGUUUCUGCAUACACUCACGGUGUUGCAAGACGUGGAAGCAAGAACGCCAACUAUCUUUGGCCCUCUAGGCGGACGGUCGAAAGCGUUUGCCAUGAACUCGGUGGGAAUCAAUACUGGGUUCAUGAUCGGGCCAUUGAUUACUGGAUUCCUGUCGCAAUCAAUUGGAUACCUUUACACGAAUGUGAUCCUGGGUAGGUCUCGAGACUGGGAUUCCUGUCGUUCAUUUCUGCUAACA